AUGGCGCUGGCCGUUAAGCCACCGCAAGACCGCAAGCGUGUGAAAGUGUACGAAUUACGAGACAAUGACUGGUAUGACCGGGGAACGGGUUUUUGCACGGGGGCGGUUGUCGAGGAUGUCCCGAGAAUAUAUGUCGAAUCCGAAGACGAAAAAGGACGCUGUCUACUCGACACGAGUAUCGGCAAAGAUGAAGGCUAUCAAAAGCAGCAAGAAACACUAAUAGUGUGGACCGAGACCAAUGGAACCGAUAUGGCGCUGAGUUUUCAAGAAGCCGACGGAUGCGCCGCAAUUUGGGAAUAUGUCAGCAGUGUACAGCAUCAGUUAUUGGCGCUAGCUGGAGACGAUGCCUUGUCAGAUGAUGCCAUUGAGGCGUAUCAGCAUCCCAUAAUGCUCCCCCCGCCGGAGCUGGGAAAUCUCCCGGAAAUCGAACAGGCAGUGCGAUCCGCUAGCCUCACGCAAGUCGGCCGCGACGCUCUGGGCAAAUUCGUGCUGGGUGACAACUACAUCGAUAAAUUGAUUCCUCUGGUCGAGACGGCCGAGGAUCUCGAAAGCUUGCCCGACCUCCACCGCUUAUGCAAUAUCAUGAAGUCUCUUAUUUUGUUGAAUGAUAACAUUAUCAUUGAACAUGUCGUCACCGAUCCCAUCAUCAUUGGUGUCGUCGGCGCACUGGAAUAUGAUCCCGAUUUCCCAACACACAAGGCCAACCACCGCCAAUAUCUCCAAGACCAGUCCAGAUACAAAGAAGUCGUGCCGAUGAAAGACCCCGUCAUUCAGAAGAAGAUUCGCCAGACAUGGCGACUACAGUACUUGAAAGAUGUCGUGCUCGCGCGCAUUCUCGACGAUCCCACCUUUUCCGUUCUCAACUCUCUCAUAUUCUUCAAUCAAGUCGACAUAAUCAAUCAUAUCCAAACCAAUGCUCCCUUUCUCAAUGAUCUCUUUCGCAUCUUCGCUCAAAAUAACGCCAACUUUCAGCGGAAAGACGAUGCCGUCUGUUUCAUCCACCAGUGUGCUUCUAUCGCAAAGAAUCUCCAGGCCCCCGCGCGAGCUACUCUUUUCGCCAACUUGAUUAACCACGGUCUAUUUGCUGUUAUUGCUUUUGCUGUGAAACAUCCCAAACCGGCAAUGCGCACCACCGGAAUAGACAUUCUCGUUGCGCUCCUGGACCACGAUCCUAUCAUGAUGCGCAGCUACAUGCUGAAGGCUGUGACAGAGAAGAAGACGCCAUUGACCGAUACGUUGAUUGACCUUUUGCACACCGAAGACGAUCUGGGCGUCAAGAACCAGCUCUCCGACGCCAUUAAAGUGCUCCUCGAUCCUCAGAUCCCUUUACAGGAAACUGUGGGCAGAAUGGGCGGGGAUUUUACGGCCAAGAUCCGCUCUACAAAUCAGCUUCCAGAUGCUUUUGUGCAAAAUCACUUUGAUGAAUCCGCCAGAAGACUUUUUACUCCUCUUAAAGCUUUGGAAAAUCGAGCCUCUCUUAACGACUUUACCUUCCAAGAUGUUUCGCUUUAUGCACACCUUGUCGACAUUCUGACCUUCUUCGUUCGCCAGCAUCUGUUCCGAAGUCGCAGUGUCAUACACACCGAGUCGCUAGCUCCCCGAGUAGCACAACUAUUGAAAGUGCCUCAAAAGCAUCUCAAGCUCACUGCCCUCAAAUUCUUCCGCACCUUGGUCAGCCUUCAGGAUACAUUUUAUCUUGCCCAAUUAACGCACAACAACAUCUUUGGGCUCAUUCUUGAUAUCGUAUAUGAAACUAUGCCUCGUGACAAUCUGCUCAAUUCUGCGUGCCUCGAACUGUUUGAAUACAUCAAACGCGAGAACAUAAAGCCGAUUAUAACGCAUGUGGUAGAGAAAUGCCGCGACAAGUUGAAGGCGGUUACAUAUGUCGACACUUUUGAAAAUUUGAUCCAGCGUUAUGACCAAUUGCAGGGCUACGAAAUGGAGGGCGAUGCGACUCUUUAUAGUCAGCAAGAGGCUGCACUACCUCAACGGGGUCCAGUCAAUGGACAAUGGCAGGGUGUUCGGGGAUUGGAUGCUGCAGAAGAGGAGUACUUUAAUACCUCGGAUGAUGAGGAAGAGUGGCCUCCCGAAGCCCAACAAGAUGAAUUGGCGACACAGAACCAGCCGCCAGCGAAUAUCAAGCUGGUUGACUAUCCUGAUGACGAUGAGGAUGAGGUGAUGGACGCCAAAUCCGAGGUCGCCAUCGAGAAGCAAGAAAUCGAAUUACCGGAACGUGGCUUAGAGACAGACACCCCCUCGACACCAACCUCGACACAACCACAGAUCCCGCCAGAACGCCUUUCCGAGAAACGUCGCCGUAAUGACGAAGAUGACGAUGAGCUUGUGCGGCUUUCCCAGAACGGACCGAAACGACGGAGCUCUAAUGCUAGCUCUACCGGGUCAUCCUACUUGCGCCGUCGACGGAAUUCUGUUGAGCAGUCGAUAACGAACAAAAAGGCAGCGGGCGGAGAUAUCUCUAAAACGGCGCCUAAGAAGAUCGCUAUCAACUUGAGUCCGUCUUUGAAGUCGUCUGUCACUGUCGAGGCCGAAGCAAUCCAAAUCAGCGACAUAGAGAACCCGGGUAACGACGAACCAAAAGACGAUACACAAAACGAGAAAAGCGCUUGA